AGACUGUAAUGACCUGACGAGUAUAACAACAUCUUUGCUUCUGAUUUAGUAUGUUUUGAUGUCACUUUGGUGCGCGGGUAAAACAAGUUCGAAUAGAAGUAGGCAAUGUGGUUAUGUGAAACUAUCAUGUGUUAUUCUGAAGUACAUUUUAAGUGCUGUUAAUAGAGCAAUAAUAAAGAAUGAGACGCUCGGCCGCUCCGUCUGUAAAAUACAGUGAGGGUGGAGCGGCAGGUAACGUGAACAAAGCGGAUUUUCCCCAAGCUUCUGUUAGAAACUUGGGAUCAGAUUUCCCAAAUAAAUCACGUGAUACUGAUUCACUUCUGGACCUUAUUUUUGCAAAAAAUAAGGCAGCAGAUACUGAACAAAGGCAUUGUGAUUCUGGUAGUGGCACACUGCCAGAAGAGAGCUGUAAUGUGAAAUCAGGUGUCCUGGGGCACGUGAAAAUUUCACAAGAAGCAAUACAAGGAGAAAAUAAAGAUGCUGUCUUAGUAAAUGACCCUGAGAAAAGGGUAUUCAAUGUCGUUUGGGCAAAACAGUCAACACGAAAGCACAAAGUUUGGGAGGGUGAUGGUGUUCUGGAAGUGGAAGGGAAGACAGUUAUUUUAAAGGAUGUUGGUGGAAAAAUUCUAUGCCAGUCUUCAAAUGUAAAGGUGUCCUCAUUUGAAGAUGGUACACGUUUGCUUCUUGGUGGAAAAGAGGCUGAGAUUGUGGAUGAAGUGAAAAUAAUUGACUCUAUCAGUGUGUCCAGUAAAAGAACGCCAGACAGGCAGAGUGAUCAAAAGCCGACAAAAAAAGCAAGAAAAGACAUACCAAUUCUGCAUAAAAAACCCUCAAAUUUUUGUGGUCAAAAUUAUAGGCCCUUGGUUAUGCCAAGUCCCCCAGAUGAGCAUCGGUGGAAGAUGAAUCCAGAACAUUUGCCUCUUGUGGAGGUAGUAAUUGAUCCAUGUCUUGCAAAAGUCCUUCGCCCUCAUCAAAGAACUGGCAUAAUAUUUUUGUAUGAAUGUAUGCUUGAAAUGAGACAACCGAACUAUUCUGGAGCAAUAUUGGCAGAUGAGAUGGGACUGGGGAAGACACUACAGUGUGUUACACUUGUUUGGACAUUGUUAAAGCAAGGCCCAUAUGGUGGAAGGCCUAUUAUUCGGAAUGCUUUGAUUGUAACACCAAGCAGUUUAGUUGGGAAUUGGGAAAAGGAAUUCCAGCAAUGGUUAGGAAGAGGAAAAAUCCAUACAUUUAUUGUUAAUCAGAAGAAUAAACCAGCUGAUUUCAAAAAUAAUGCAAAUGCUAAUGUUAUGCUAAUUUCUUAUGAAAUGUUUUCAAGAUACUAUGAUGACAUUGAAAAAUAUGAGUUUGACCUGCUCAUUUGUGAUGAAGGCCAUCGUUUAAAAAACAGUACUAUUAAAAUAUAUGUGAUGUUAUCAAAGUUGCAAUGCAAGAGACGAAUACUGCUUACAGGAACUCCAGUACAGAAUGACCUUCAAGAGUUUUACACCCUAGUUAAUUUUGUAAAUCCUGGAGUACUUGGCCCAUUGUCAGAUUUUAGGAAGAUCUAUGAAGCUCCAAUUGUUGCCUCUAGGCAGCCAGAAGCAGGCACUGAAAUCCGUCUGCAUGGUGAACAAUGUGCUGCUGAGUUGAACCAUAAAACCAGUUGGUUCAUCCUACGCCGCACACAGGAUCUGAUAGACAAAAUUUUGCCAACAAAACAUGAACUGGUUCUUUUCUGCUGCCUGUCUCAACUACAGAUCAGUAUGUACAGAGCAGUGAUUGAUUACUGGGACUCACGGAAAGAAAACUUAAUUUCUCUGGAAUCAGUUCCGCACCUCAAUAUUAUUACUUUACUUAAGAAAGUUUGCAAUCAUCCAGUGCUUAUUAAGUCUAGUGUCAUAGAGGAAGAGCUUGAAAUGAAACUGAUGCAUAUGUUGUCAUCUGAAAUACUUGAAACAUGUCCAAGAAACUCUGGAAAGCUUAUUAUUGUCUUACGUCUUCUUCAAUAUUUGAGGCAAACUAAGGAGCGUGUGGUGUUUGUGUCAUACUAUACACAGACAUUAGAUCUAAUGGCACAGCUGUGUGAAAACUAUGGCUACAAAUAUUGUCGAUUGGAUGGAUCUACAGCUUGUAGUCAGCGUCAAACAGUUGUUGACAAUUUCAAUAGCGCAUCUUCAAAAUACUUUAUCUUCCUUUUAAGUGCUCGUGCUGGUGGAAUUGGUCUCAAUCUUACGGGCGCAUCACGUCUUAUUCUCUUCGAUUCGGACUGGAAUCCAGCCACGGACCUACAGGCAAUGUCACGAAUUUGGAGAGAUGGUCAAUUGAAACCUGUGUUUAUUUAUAGGCUGCUUUCUGUGGGUACAAUAGAAGAAAAAAUCUUCCAACGCCAAAUAAGCAAGACUGAUCUAAGUGGUACAGUUGUAGAUCCACAGAACAAUAGUACGAUUCGCCUGUCUAAAGAAGAACUUAAGGACCUACUGUCAUAUGAUGAAAAUGAAAUCUGUCUCACUCAUAAGUUAUUAGAAUGUACAUGUGAUAUAAAUGGCCAACCACGUGAGCAAUUUGAGACCUGCAGAUCUGAAGUAGACAAUAGACCAUCACAGCUGGGUUCUGUUCAGUUAAAUUCCACACACCCUCACCAACGCAUGAAUCAGCUGCUUCAUUGGGAACACCAUAGAGCACCAUUCAGAUCAGGCUUCCUAGAGGGUCUGGGAUUGCUGGAUGUUGCUGGCAGCAUAACAUACAUUUUUAAAACAUCAACAGUGGUUGACUGAAGUGUGAUGUUGUACAGUUAAGCAUAUUCUUUUGUUGAUGUAAGAUUGUAUAUAAUUUCAAACACACAGUUUUGUAAAAAAGAUAAUAUUUUCUGUAACUGGUUGAUUAUAUUAGAUACAAACAAAAUAAAAAAUGGUUGCAUAAUA